GCGACCCAAGUUCUACCAAUCCUGCUUUAUUGACGGCUUCGAUCCCUUCCUUGGAUCCGUCUUCUGCUUCGGCUGCGCCGUCGACUUCUUUCUUUACCGGCUCGAAUUUCCCUUCGGGAAGCAGUGUAAUCACCUCUAAAGUCUCUGAAAAACCGAGCAACAGUACCUUCACUGAUCCCACUCUUGGGAGUGUGCCUAGCACCUCUUGUACCGAAGAAGGACCUAGCGCACCGUAUGGAAAUGUAACACAAACGGUGCUCAGUCACUACUAUCCCUCGGCUAGUUCAGGCACAGGACACUAUCCCACCUUCACACCCAGUAAAAGCCACUCUUUGGGCAUUGUAGACCCCAGCGCCUCUGCAAAGCCCCCACACUACUCAAUAUCAGGCACGAGACCAUACCCGUACCCCAAUGUCACGGGUGUGUACGAUCCGACUGGCUCUUCCGGAGGGCCAUCAAAGUACCCAACCUGGGGAACGAAAUCCUACCCGUACCCCAAUGCCACGAGCAGCUACGACCCAACUGGCUCGUCGGGCAAACCUACGUAUUAUCCAACAUUGGGAACCAAGUCGUAUCCUUAUCCCAAUGUGACAAGCAUCUAUGACCCAACUGGUACUUCUAGGAAGCCGUCCUAUUAUUCAGCCUCAGGCACAGGACGCUAUUCCUACCCUAAUGCAACAAGUGUCUAUGGCUCAACUGGCCCAUCUGUGAAGCCAUCAUACUCUCCCACGUCAGGUACGAAGUCCUAUGCUUAUCACAAUGCGUCGAGCAUCUACGAUCCGACUGGAUCAUCCGGCAAGCACCUUUCCACAGGCUACUAUGCAACAAACCGCACAUCGUAUUCUGCGACUGCUGGAGACCUGACUGCUACUAGCCGAACUCUCUCUCACCCCACAGCAAGCAGCGGUAGCUCGGUACUUUCUGCCAAUGGCACAAGCACAGGCGAUCCUUCUUCCGGCUUUACCACGAAGUCUAGCAGGACUGGUACAUCAGCAUCGGCAGACCCAACUUCAAUCGAUCCUAGGAUUACACCAUCGUUCUCGGUAACAGUGAUCGUCCCAGUCCUUAGCACGUCAGCUACACAUACAGUGCCUGGCGACCCCAGCCCUACCAAACUCCCGCCUAAGCCGACGACAUCGAGCGCUGGGGGAUAUGGAUUCCACUAUGGCUACGACUUCAGUACCGUCCGUUACGAGCGUGAAUGA